UUAUUUAUCAGUGCACAGUAGACAAACUGGUACUAUUUUAUAAUGUUGGGUACUUGCUUUUUGUGUUACGCCAGCAUUGUUACCGUGCUACUGUUUUUGUAUGUAUUAUUCGAUGUUAACUACUUCAUAAGAUUGCUGGUUACGAUUGGAGUUGGGAGGCUGUUUGAGAAAAAGAAGAAGAUUGAAGAUACCACAACUGUAUAUGGCUUUUGCACCACACAAGAUGUGGACAUUUUCUUCAAGCAUAUGAACAACGCCAGAUACGCCAGAGACUUAGAUUUCGCCAGGUUCCACUUUUACGACAGAACCGGAAUCUACGAGGAAAUAGUGAAGGCUAAAGGACACGUCCUACAAACAGCUUCGAACAUCAGAUACAGAAGAACCAUUCCCAUUUUCCAGGCCUACAAAAUCACCACGAAGAUUGUUCACUGGGACGAGAAGACGUUGUACAUUGAGCAGCAAUUCAUCACGCUCAGCGACGGUUUUGUAAGGGCUGUGGUGUUGAGCAAACAAGGCACGAUUAAUUUGAACGUUCCUAAAAUUAUGGCCAAGCUGACUGGUAAAGAUGAGUCGUAUAGACCGCCAGUCUUACCGGAACUCGAGGAUUGGUUGUCUUCCAUGGAAAAAUCCAGUAAUAGGCUCAGAAAGAAAGACUGAUCAACUAAAUGUUUUGAAUGUAUUUUAUUGGUGUUUGUUUUUGUUGUACUUUGUAUUAAUUUUUUAUAUUUACUGAACUGAAUAAAUGUAUGCUUUUGGAA